CUAGUCACUGUGUUUCAAAAGCCUGUUGAUUCCUGUGCAAGGUGGUACAGCACCCUCUCUCCCUUUCUUCAUUCCUGAUUCAUUCAGGUCCUCCUGCAAAAGAUCUACCAGAUCCACGAACAUGAACGACGAAGAAAAUAACACCGUCUAUGACACAGUCCAAAAGGAAGGGCUGCAUGAGCUUUCAGACCAGCCAGAAGAGGAUGAAGUUCCUCUUUAUGAUAACAUCCACGGAGGCCUGCCAGAAAGCAAAGCCUAUGCCACUGAUCUGGAAACCCAUGAAUAUGACUCUGUUUAUGUGACUGGAGGUGAGGAGAAGGGCUUGACCUCUUCCCAGCCAGAAGCAGCUGGAUACCUCCUGCCUGAUGAGGAUCUUGCCCAGGAUCUUCACCCAAAGGAACAGCAGGAAGACCAGGGCAUCUCAAUGGAAGAGUUACACUCACCCACCCAAGACCAGGAGCCUGGCCCGGAGACAUCCCAGAAGGAUGGAGACAGGAAGACGGGACCCUGGCUUUCCCCCCAAAACUUCACCAUCCAGCAGAGCAGGGCCUUCUUCACCAGCAAUUCUGCUGCUGAUAGCUUGGAAGCAAACAACCCAGCUUCCACACACCCUGAGAUCAGCCUGUUUGUGAAGGUUUUGAAUGGCCACUCUGGUUCUCCUGACCAAAAUAACUUGGCCCGGUUCUUGCUGACUGCUAAGUACACAGCACGGCUACCUGAUCUCGCCUUUCAUGAAGGAGGUAUCUGGUUCUGGGAGUUGCAAAUGGGCAAAUCUCAAUUAGACAGCUCUUCGGGGCAAGAUUACAGAAUGGAAUGCCUCUCUCCUCUGGGGGAAAGUUUUCGUCAGCCUCUUGAGGCAAUAGGUCCCAGCAGCCACCGCGGACCAGCUGCUAAAAAUAACCCCAGUAUAAAGCACCAGUCCCAGGAGCGUCGGAGGAAACGGUUCUCGGAGAAGAGAAGCAGAGAGGGCGCGCAAGUGUUGCCUGGUGUUUGCCAGCACAAUGUCAGACGGGAUGUGUGCUGGGAAACCACCAAUGCCCACCACAGCAAUUAA